UUUCAUUAUUUCAAAUCCUAAUUAAUUUUUCUCUUUCCUUCUCUUUAUUUUUAACCAUCAUAUAUCAAUUCCAUAUAAAUUUCACUUUCUUUUUUUGAUUUUUAAUUUCCUUUAAUUCCUUUUUUAAUUCUCUUACAUUUUUUAACAACGACGACACAAACAAUCUUUUUUACGAUAUCUCAUAUAUAAAUUUGCAAUUUAUUAUUUUUUGUUUUUGUUUUUUUUUUUAAAAAAAAGAACAUUUGUGGAAAUGAAUUCUUUCAUUGCUCUCAUCAUUACUGUUCUCUUAGCAUUCCAGGUCAACGGAAUUUAUGGGGAUAGUGACAUUUACAUGGGAAUUGCAGAAGUUCCACCUUAUAAUGGGUCAUGGUAUUUAUGUAGUAGUUUCAACACUGAUUAUAUGAGCUUUUCAGUAAAAGUUUUGGAUGAUCAGACAACUCCAGUAACAGAAGGACUUCCUGGUAAAGCAGUUCCAGGAGAUCCACCAAUGCCAUUACCAAAAUUUCGACCAGCAUUAAACGUAUUUCAACUUACUUAUAAUGCUUUGAUGACAUAUAUAGGAAAGACAUCAAACUCUUUUACUUAUAUACCAUCAUUAUCAUGUUAUGAAAAACCUGUACAAGCUUGUGAUCAAGAUGUGGGUGAUUUACCCCUAGAAUUUAAAGAGAGUCAAUGUCUUUUAUUAACAAAUCCAACUGCUACCCCUGUCAGAUUUAAUGCAUCAGUCUCUUUUAUUAAGAGUGUAUUUAAUCAAACUUUUACUAGUCCCGAGAUACCUGGUGGAACUUCUAGCAGUCAAGCUGUUAGUUCGGCUAUGAAUUAUAAAUUUAAGUAUGGAAUUGGUAAUUUGAUGGUUACAAUUUUAUUUUCAAGUAUCUUAAUGUCAUGGAAUUAAUCUAGAAAUGUACUUAGAAUGUACAGUUUUUAAAAAUAAUUAUGUAAAAUUUGAAAAGAAAGAAAUUUAAUUUAUUUUAACGCGUUCUUUUGUACAUUUGAUUUAAAAUUUUCUAUACAUAAAAAGGUGUUUUUUAUACAGUGUAUAAUUUUAUUUUAUUUUAUUAAUUAAUUAAUUUAUUUAUUUUUUUUUCUUGUAAAAAAUUUACUUGUGAGCGUUGGGUUUUCUCGUGUUU